UGGAGAGCACAUUUUGGGGACCCACUUGACGUGUUGUGGUCUUGGUUGCCUGAUCCUUCUUCCAUCUGCAGAUCUUGGUCCCUGUAACAGCAGGGGGAUCAGCCUCCCUCUUUCCUCUGGAGGAUCACCCUUCUAGAGACUCUGAGGAACAAUGGAAGUCUUCUGGGGGUUUCUCAAACUGGAAGUGAAUGGCUCCAUGCUGAUAGUGGCCCUCUCAGUGAUCCUCUUGGCUUUCCUGAAAUGGUACUCCACAUCAGCGUUUUCAAGACUGGAGAAGCUGGGCAUCAGACAUCCCAAGCCGUCUCCUUUUAUUGGAAACUUGACAUUUUUCCGCCAGGGUUUCUGGGAAAGCCAAAUGGAGCUCAGGAAGCUAUAUGGACCUCUGUGUGGGUACUAUCUUGGUCGCCGGAUGUUUAUUGUUAUCUCUGAGCCAGACAUGAUCGAGCAGGUGUUGGUUGAGAACUUCCAUAACUUUACCAACAGAAUGGUGUCGGGUUUGGAGUCCAAACCAGUAAUGCACAGCAUCCUGUUUUUACGUGACAGAAGAUGGGAAGAGGUCAGAAGUGUCCUGACUUCGGCUUUCAGUCCUGAAAAGCUGACUAAGAUGAUGCCCCUAAUCAGCCAAGCCUGCGAUCUGCUCCUGGCUCACUUAAAACACUAUGCGGAAUCUGGGGACGCUUUCGACAUCCAGAGGUGCUACACCUGCUACACCACGGAUGUGGUUGCCAGUGUUGCCUUUGGCACCCAGGUGGACUCCCGAAGGGCCCCCGAGCACCCCUUUGUGAUGCACUGCAGGCGUUUCUUUGCAUUCUCCAUCCCCAGGCCUGUCCUGGUCCUGAUCUUAUCAUUUCCAUCCAUAAUGGUCCCACUGGCCCGGAUUUUGCCCAGUAAGAACCGAGAUGAACUGAAUGGCUUUUUUAACAAACUCAUUAGGAAUAUGAUUGCCUUGCGGGACCAGCAAGCGGCAGAAGAGAGGCGGAGAGAUUUCCUCCAACUGAUCCUGGAUGCCCGACAUUCUGCCACCUCUGUGGGGGUGGACAGCUUUGAUAUGGUCAGACAAAUCUUCUCCUCCACCGACUGUGCCGCGGGUCCCUCCCAGCCACACCAGCCCGGCCGCCUGUCCAAGCCACUGACUGUGGACGAGGUUGUAGGCCAGGCCUUCAUCUUCCUCAUCGCUGGCUACGAGAUCGUCACCAACACGCUCUCUUUUGCCACCUACCUCCUGGCCACCAACCCUGACUGCCAAGAGAAGCUUCUGACAGAGGUGGACUGCUUUAAUGAGAAAUACACGGCCCCUGACUACAGCAGCCUCCAGGAAGGCCUGACCUACCUGGACAUGGUGAUCGCAGAGACCUUGAGGCUUUACCCACCGGCUUUCAGGUUCACGAGGGAGGCGGCGCGGGACUGCGAGGUGCGGGGGCAACACAUCCCCGCGGGCACCGUGGUGGAGGUGGCCGUGGGCGCCCUGCACCACGACCCUGAGUACUGGCCACAACCCGAGACCUUCAACCCAGAGAGGUUCAAGGCCGAGGCGCAGCGACGACGACGUCCCUUCACGUACCUGCCGUUCGGGGCGGGCCCGCGGAGCUGCCUCGGGGUGCGGCUGGGGCUCCUGGAGGUCAAGCUGACGCUGCUGCGCGUCCUGCGCCGGUUCCGGUUCGAGGCCUGCGUGGAGACGCCGGUGAGGCCGCGGCUUGGGGCGCCGAGGGAGGGGGCGGUCCUCACCCCGGCUCUCAGUGCUGGGCCAGUUCCUCCGGACCAGUGGGAGGGGGGUGGGAAUAAUCACACCUUCCCCCCCUCCCCGCCCCGUUCCUGUUGUGUGAGGGUUGAAUGGGUCCGCACAAGUGCUCCGGUACGCGCCUGGCCCAGAACCCGAGUCUGCGUUCCUAUUACUACGACCGACCUCCUCUGUUCUGCGAGGCUGCGCCUGCGAGCCUGGAGCUCUUCCCUGUUCAGCGAAGAGGACCCAGGGAUCCCCCAGAGUAGGUUGUAUUAUUCCCAUUCUUCAGGUGAGGAGCUAAGACAAAGCUCAGAGAGGUUAAGUCACUUGCCUGAGGCCACGCACUUGGGCUCCAGGCUCUGUGAGGGCAGGAACCAAGUCUGUCCUAUUCACUGUUGCAGUCUCCAGCACGAGGAACGGCGCAGGUGCUCACGCGUUCACUGAACGAAUGUUAAAGAGCAAAUGAACGACUAGCCAGGGAGCGAAGAAACGGGUUCCAACCAGAUGUGGCGCGCCCCCCAAACCUCCCUCCUUCCUCUCCCUCUAGCUGCCUCUCUGCGGUGUCUGUGCCUACACAGCCUGAACAUGGUGCCCCUCCAUGCCUGUUCAGGAGCCCUCUGCACAGCCGGACACGAGUAUGAAUGGGGGCAGGUACUAAGUACACAGUGAUGAGUGGACAACUUCUAGAGUCCGAGAGCGGCAUUGCCUCUGACAGAGACUGGGUUCAAGGCUGGAGAGAGGGAGGGGCAAAUUGGAAACAUAGAGCCAAACCAACAGAGAGAAGGGCAGGCCCCCAAAUGAAUGAGGUGUUCCGUGUGUGCAGGACUUCCCUUUGGGGUUUGUCUCAUUCCCCCUUGAUCUUGACAAAUGGUACAGCAGUCUUUGUCCCAAAACCCUGCUUAUGCCUGGCAUUCCCCAGCUCAAGAACCAGGCAUGAGUCCCUGAGCCUCCUGGAUCUACAGAGAGCUCGUCUGAGCCCACUUUGUGUUUUCUGCCCCAACUUCCCACUCUGGGAGGGUUCUACCCACUCCUCCCUAGCUGGAAUGCCAUCCCCCGCCUCCACUUCCCUGCCCCCAGCCUAAUCCCAUCUUCCAAAUCCUUUAGUGUUCCCUCAGAUCCCAAAGUGGCCCUUGAGAAGUCCUGCUUACAGGGCUUCUCCCAUUCCUAGCCCCACCUCAGGUGUCCAUUCCUCCAGGAAGCCCUCCCUGACUUUGCUAGCUCCAACUGAUUCCUUUUUGGAAGUCCAAUGGUGUUUCCAGUUUGUCUAGACUGGUGUUAAUACAGUAGCUGCUAGUCACAUGUGGCUAUGUAAAUUUUAAUAAUCAAGUAAAAACUCGGCCCCUCAUUUGCGCUAAGCAUAUUUCUAAUGCUCAGUUGCCAUGCGCGCUACUGACUACCAUACGGGAUAGCACAAGUUUAGUUCAUCUUGUUUCUUGGUGAUAUAACUUGUCUCCCAUUUGAACUAUAGCCCCCAAAGACAUCUGAAAAGCCCACCAAGACCCCAAUACUAAGGCCCGGUGAUUCUUCUUUCCCUUAAAUCGUUCAUUCACAUUAGCCAUUGAGCCAUCAUUUUACCCAGAACUCAAGGGGACACGCUGCUUCUUGAGUAAUUCUUUGGCUUUUCUUCCAAGUCCCCAGUCCACCAUCAAUCUGCCUUGUAAGUUAAUGAGGAAAGCUUUCUGAAUGGCGGUGAGGCUAGACCACGGCACACAUGAGAAGGGGACAGUAUGAAGCCACUCUCCCAAAGCCCCUUGGAAAGAGAGGGGGCUGCUCAGUUACCGCCAGGGCACCGGGGAGUGAGAGGAGGGGAGGUGAGAGAGUUUGAGGCUUUGCUCUUCACUUUCCAGUUGUGUGACCUUGGACGAGUCACUUGGCCUCGUUGAACCUCCAUUUCUUCUUUUGCAGAGUGAGAUACUACUACUUCUUAUGCAGGCUUCUUGGGAGGGUAAAUGCUAAGUUCCUUACUCAGCGGCAGCAUUUUAUUAACAUGGGAAAGAGGGUCAGGCACCAGUGUGCUGCUGGGGCCCCAGCCCCCAGUGUCCCCGAGAUGCAGCUUUGCUGGCUUCUCAGGGCCAUGCUAGGGAGGCUGCUUUGCUCACUCAGCCCUGCUGUCCCUCAUUUCCACAACCCCAGGCCCAGUUCCAAAGAAGUUUCCCUGUAGAUGCAGUUAGCUGUAACCAGUCUCUUCAUCUCUCUUUUAGGUACCACUGCAGCUAGAAUCCAGAUCUGCCCUAGGUCCAAAGAAUGGCGUCUACAUCAAGAUUGUCUCCCGCUGACAGUUAGUGUUAUGAGGACACUCCCAGAUUCAAAGAAAACCUUCAUGUGAAAAUUCAGAUUUGGGGCGAAAACAUCACUGAAGCAAUUGAAAGGGUCCCUGACAUGCAAGUAUAAAAGAGGUCUCUAUAGGAGAUUUCCUAAAUGCUUAAUAAAUGUUUGUUGCACUUA